UUGGACAUACCUGACAGUCCAGCCCGGUUUUGUCCUACUUUACCGGGUUUAACCUGAUCCACAUCCCGGAUGGCCGGUGCUCUGAUGGACCCGACCCGGGCCCCGCUGGCCUUCGGGCGGCGGGCCGUGCCGCAGCUGUUCGAGCAGCUGCAGCAGCCGGAGACCGGCACGAGGCUGCGGGCUCUGGCUUCACUCUGCGACCUGAUCCACGACCCGGACCGGCUCUACCAGACUGUUAAAGGAGGUUUUCUGGAGCGGCUGGUGGUUCUGUUGAAGGAUGAAGAUCCAUCAGUCAGAGCGAGGACCUGCGAGCUGCUUCACCUGCUGACGGCCCACAGCGCCGGCAGACAGGCCCUGCUGUCCUCCUCCCUCCUCCCUCCCCUGUCUCAGCUGCUGGGCGACUCCUCGUCCUCCUGCAGGAGAAACGUCCACCGGGUGCUGAACCGCCUCGCCCUGCUGCCAGCUGGUGCAGAGGCUCUCCUGACUCUGGUUCCUAAACUGAUGCUGAAGCUCAGAGAUGAUGAAGAUGAGGAGGAGGAGGAGGAGGAGGAGGUGCAGGUGCUGCUCCUCUCCACCCUCAGCUGUUGCUCCAGGCUGGACGCUCUGCCGGCUCUGGCCUCCGACGGUGUCUCGCUGCUGGGCCACAAACUCUCACACCGCUCCCCGAACAUCCGCAGAGAGGCAGCGGCAGCCAUGAUGGCCCUCAGCAUUCCUGAGGACGGGAAGCGGCAGGUGUGCAAGGAGGCGGUGCUUCCUGUCCUGGUCGGUCUGCUGCAGGACGAGGACAUCGAGGUUCAGGCCAACGCUGCAGGAGUCAUCAUGUACACUGUGAUCAUCACCACAGGUAAGCAGCAGUGUCUGGAUUUGGACGUUGUCCCUGUCCUCCUCCUACUGGUGUCCAAGGAGACAGAGGAGGAAGAGGAGGAGGACCUGGAGAGGAGGAGGAGGAGGAGGAAGGCCCUCAUCUUGUACUCCCUGCGCACUCUGACUUCGCUGGCCGAGGCUCCAGACGGCCGCCGCCUCCUGCUGGAGCAGCUGCCGCUGCUGCUGAGGAGGAGCGAGGCCACAGAGGAGGACCAGGACAUCCGGCGAGCUGCUCAGACCGCCGUCAGGGUUGUCACCUGGACCCCCUGAGACCCUGACGACCCCUGACCUCCAGAGCAGUCAGCUGAUAAGAUAAUAAAAUGAUUAACUAUAUAUGUCAA